GGCGUGGUCUCGCACUACACGGGGCGGGGUUUACGCAGAUUCGGAAAGAAGGUCCGCCAAAUUCAAAAUCUCAGCAAGAGAAGAGGAGCUUUACUACAGCGAGGACUGAAAACCCGACACGUUCCCAUCAUGUCGUCAGCUAUCGUGAACAGUGUGAAUGGCCUUAGCUCCACGGUGUCUGGGAUGUGGCGUUCCCACAGCGCUCUCCCCGAGUCAGACCCCGAGAGCUCCCCUGAGGCAGCGCAGCAGUUUCGGAAGCUACGCUCUUCCAGCUCGCUCAACUCCCUGCGCAUGUCUCUGAGGAAGAGACUUCCUCUGAAGCCCGUGCAGCCCGCCAACAACAUCCCGGCGAAUACCAACGGCGAGGUGUUUCAGAACGGCAAGAAGACGAGCACCGUUACCCAGAUCAAACGCACUGCCAAGAACACCAUUGGCAACGCUUAUCAGAAGUUUCAAAAGAGCACACUGUCACGUGAGGAGUGCCUGGUGAGGACGCCUGUUCAAAUCAUAGAAGGAGAAGAGAACGAGUGCGAUCCUGCGUCUGCACGUACCCCUAAACGGCAAGCCACAACCCCCAGGCGCACACCAAGAUCAGCCGCAAAGCGUACCCCGCGAGCUGCAGGCACCCCGGAGCCCAGCGAGUCGGCCGUGAGGGCGGUGAAGACGGGAGGAACCAGGAGGCAGCUCGUACGCAUGGCAGCGUUGAGGAGCCCUUUUGCAUCUCCCAACACGCGGAACCGUCGCAGGCAAUUCGAUCAAGAGCUGGACAGUGUAUCAAAAGGCCUCAGGAAAUUAAAGAGACUCUCUCAGGCCUUUGAUGAAGUCAUUGGGAGAGAUGAGCGGACCGAGGCCAUGGAGCAUUACAGAACAGUGAUGGCUCAGAGCUACGGCUCCAGCUCCAAUCCGGGUAGCAGCACGACGGGGAAAUUAAACCGAUCCUUCAUCCGCCAGCAGAGGCGACGAAUCCGCCACAGAGUGGGCAGCUGGACCGACAGCGCGCUCUCAAACCUCCGCAAAACCACACAAACAUGACGCUCUCUUUUUUUUAAACAAAACCAUUUUUAUACCGCGUCUACGUCCGUCACCAUUAGUCAUGAUUUCUCACCGUCAUUGUUUUUUCUUUCAACGUACCUGUCAGUGUAAUCUGUCAGAUUAAGCAGAAUUUUUACUUACCUAUCCAACUGUUGUCAUGCUGCUUACAAUUCAAAGGUCACGGCUGUCGGUAUCGCGGGAAAGCCAUCGGAACGUUACGUGUCUGAAGGUCCAGACAACAAUGUUACGGUUCUUCCUUUCAUUUCUGUUUAAAACUAACACUACAGUGAACGUAGCGAGACCAGUUUCAUGUUUACUAACGCCUAACUAGUUUCUAGUUCUAUAUUAUUCACUAUCUUUUAGACUCCACCUUGUACCGAGGUGUUAGGAGGCUCUGACUGACUAACUCAUCUUUUGUUAGCACACACUAGCUGCAUCCUGUCAUUUAACGGCGUGGUCCAGAGGGAGAAAACGAUGCAACGUCUGAAAACGCAAAAUUACCUUUGUUUAAAAAAAAAAGCAAAAAAACAAACAAACCAUGAUGUUGACUGUGAACUAUGGGUUUUAUGCGCUUUUUCUCAGAACGCUAAGCAUUCUUUCAGAAAUGUUUCUCUUUUGUAUACUUAAAUAAAACAUUUUAAAUAAA